UCCACUUGCCCUUGUUAAUAACCUACCCUUUCCUUCCUUCUCUCCAACUUUUUCGUUUUGCCCUUUCCAUCCUUUAUCCCAUUAAUCUUUUCUCAUCUAUAUUUAUUCUUUAACAUAAAAAGACUAGUGUUGGCUUAAAAUCCUUUAAUUGUUUUUUGUUAGAAGAACUUGAGAAAGAGAAAAGAGGUGUGUGUUGAAUGAAGAACACAUCAAGAAAUUCGUGGUAUAAUGGAGAGUGGUGUUAUGGUCGUGAAUACAAGAUUGUUGUCCUCGUUAAUGUCGACAUCUAAUACAAUCUGCAUGUCAUCGACUUCUAAUAAUUUUGUCGAUCAUAAUAAUGCCCUUAUUGCUUCUAUUCUCAAUUCCCAAGGCCGAUUCCGACGACAAAAAAUGUUCCACCAACACACGUUCGACAUUAUCUUCCUUGUGUGUUUCUUCCUACGUGGCCUUUUGGGACAUGCAAAAACGUCACCUUUUCUUGAAAAAAUCCUUGUCUGCCUUUGAAUAUUAUUAGGUUGUCUGUUUGGCUUGUCUUUGUUCUUGUCUUUUUUUCUCCCUUUUCCUUUCCUUCUUCUUCUUCGUUGUCUUCUCUUGUUGCUUUUUGGUUGUUGAACAGAAUGAUUUCCGGGGCUGGAAUUGGAAUUGGGAAUGGGGACCCUUUAGGAUGUUGUACAAAUAACAAAGGCGGAUCUAAUGGAUGGACUAAUGAAGCACACUACUUGCAAAAUGACUACGUUGAGAAAGACCCCAAUGGUCGAUAUGUUCGGUAUAAUGAAGUAUUGGGCAAGGGAGCAUUCAAGACUGUCUAUAAGGCAUUUGACUUACUUGAGGGAACUGAAGUUGCAUGGAGCCGAGUGAAAAUCGAUGAUGUGUUGCUGUCACCAGAAAGUUUGGGAAAAUUAUAUUCAGAGGUUCAUCUUCUGAGACAGUUGAAACAUGAAAAUAUAAUGAAGUUAUAUGAUUCAUGGAUUGAUGACAAGAAGAGGACAGUUAACAUGAUCACCGAGCUCUUCACAUCCGGGAACUUGAGACGAUACCGUAAGAAGUAUCAAAGUGUCGAUAUGAAGGCUAUAAAGAAUUGGGGAAGGCAGGUUCUCCAAGGUUUGGACUAUCUCCAUAGUCAGAACCCGCCUAUAAUUCACAGGGACUUGAAAUGCGACAAUAUUUUUGUCAAUGGAAAUCAUGGGGAAAUCAAGAUUGGGGACCUUGGAUUGGCGACGAUUAUGGAGCAGCGUACUGCCAAGAGUGUUAUUGGGACCCCCGAAUUUAUGGCCCCAGAGCUCUACGAAGAAGAGUAUAAUGAACUAGUGGAUAUAUAUUCCUUCGGAAUGUGUAUGCUGGAAAUGGUAACUUUUGAGUACCCUUACAGCGAGUGCAAGAAUCCUGCUCAAAUUUACAAGAAAGUUAGCUCAGGCAUUAAACCUGCUUCCCUCGGCAAGGUUACUGAUUCUGAAGUCAAAGGAUUCAUCGAAAAAUGUUUGGUUGUAGCAUCCGAGAGGUUGUCAGCCAAGGAACUCCUGAAAGACCCGUUUCUUCAAUGUGAAAACUUGAAGGAGUCGGUCCAUAAUCCAUUUCAGUUACCUAAACAAUGUCCUAAAUCUUUGAGUUUGUCGAAACCUUUGCCACAUUCCAUGGAUGUGGAUUCAGAGUAUAACCAAUCUAUGUGUACAGACUCUAAUUGUGGAAGUCCUCGUGUUCCGGUUUUGGAAUUCCAGAGAUGUCAUCAGAACAAUGAAUUUAAAUUAAUGGGGAAGAAGAAUGACGAUAACUCAAUUUCAUUGACCUUUCGAAUCAGAGAUCCUGCUGGUAGUAUAAGAAAUAUACACUUCAUUUUCUAUCUUGAUACAGACACUGCACCUUUAGUUGCGGCAGAGAUGGUUGAACAACUGCAGCUAGCUGAUCAUGACGUAGCUUUUAUUGCUGACUUUAUUGAUUACCUAAUAAUGAAGAUAUUUCCAGCUUGGAAUCCUUCCUCUGGAGACCAUUCUAGCGGAGGGAGAAGUCCAAGCAAACAACUGCGAGAAAGUUGCCUAACAGACUUGACCGGUUGCUCGAACAAGUCCAUAGGUCACCAAGAUGUUAUUUCUGACUUCAAUGUGGAAACUCAUGUAAUUGCUCGAACUAAUGAAGGUGAUAUGUAUGUGAAUUCAGAUGGCACUUCUCAUCAUGUUACAUUUGAUUCGCCAACGCAUUUGGUGCCCGUUGAUGAUGAAAAGUCUCAAGGAUCAGUUGUUUCUAAGAUUACGACUGCAAAUGCUGAUAUUAGGAAUGAGAAUUCGUUUGGAUGCUUCGACGAUCAUGUUAAUGAUGGAGUUUCUAAAAGUUGUAGUACAAGCAUCUCGGAGAUGGAUUUCAGGUACUUGUUCCACGACGAAUGCACAAUGCAGGAAAACGAUGAUGAUACAUUAAAUGAAUAUGGGAAGGAUUCAGAGCUGACUUAUAUAGAUAUCGACAGAAUUUCUAGAGGCAUGAGCUUGUCGAGUAGUUCUUUUUCCUCCUUGGUUGACAAAGAUGAGGAUACAGAGCUAAAAUUGGAGCUCAAAGCAAUUGAAUUGCAGUAUCAGGAGUGGUUUCAAGAACUCUCAAGAAUGAAGGAAGAGGAACUAGAAACUUGCACGAAGCGAUGGACGACUAAGAAAAAGUUGGCAGAAGGUCACGGGUUCAAGCCGCGGAAACAGUCUAUUGCAGAAAUGCAGGGUACGGCUGCAUAUAUUAAACCCUUUGCGCUUAGCGGGAGUUUAGUGCACCGGACUGCCCUUCUUGCUAUGCGUAACUUUAUAACUUGAAUCCGUGGAGGAUCUUGGUCACGUUUUAGACAUAAUGGAAAUCAUUUUAUAGGCGGAUAUUUGAGUAUGUGAAGAUCAUAUAAACCUAUAUAACUUUAGAUAGUUGUAUAGUUUUGUUUGUUCCAAUCUUGGCUUUGUUUUCUCUUUUUCUUUUCUUUUCUUUUUAUAAAUUAGCCACAGCUUCCCCCGUUCUUUGCAAGGAUGCAAAUGUCACGACAAUUUAACUUGUAAAUAUAUAUGAUUGGUCCUUAAUUUCUAAUCUGCAGUCUGUUGCUGGUUGUAAAAGAAGUAAGCGUGGUUCAUUAGGCUUACCUGUACGUUGCUAAUGGUUGUAUAUGGUUUUGGUUGGAUCCA